AUGAUUACAAGUAUAUUAAUUUUAUACACGUGUUUGUUAAUUGCACUGGUAGUGACGAUUCCUACUCAGCAAGAAGUGUUACUUAAAGGUAAUCCUGCACUAUUCUGGGACCAAGCUAAUAACAUAAAUGCGAAGAUUCCGAUCGACGUUCGUAUAAGUAAAAUUCAAUCUGCUGUUCCCACUAUUUCCUUGCCUAACCCUGCAGGAUUAUUACAUAAAGAAAAUCAGCCAAACUCUGUAAUAGAUCAAUUGUUGUAUAAUAGUGUUAUAAAUAAUCCGGGUUUACUAAAUAUCCUAAGAGGUUUUCAGAGCAGCAAUUACGCUUUACAAAAUGAAAUGCAAAAUUCAGAAAGAAUACCUAAUAUUAUUAAUAAUUACAUAAUAUUGCCCCCGGACGUAUUAGAUAGCAGCGGUAGUCAAGUAAAAUGUGCUUUCAACGAUCCAAAUUCUUGUAUUAGAGUAAAAAAGAACGCAAGUAAGAGACCCAAAGAUGUACCAAAAACAUCCAACCAACCUACCAUUAGUGAUACCUUACACUUAAGCGAAUUUUCAAAAAAAGUUGUAAGAAACAAACAAAAUUUAAAUAAAAAUCAGCAAAGAACACACGUACCAAAACGCGAGGAAACAGUUUCAGCGGAUGUAAACAACCAUAGUAACAAAAAAGAUUUGAUGAAAAAUGCACUAAAGAAAAGCUUACAUGAAAAAAAUAAAUCUAAGCUACAUAAUCAUCUCUUCAAAACUAAAGAAUUUCAGCCUAAACAACAUUCAUUAAACGAAACUUGGAGCAAUGAAGAUAUCAAUACAAAUAUAAGAAAUGAAAUAGAAGAUACUAAAAUCGCUCAACAGCAAGAGGAAAACGGAAAAUCACUUUUAGACUUACAAUCGCCUUUGAACGUUUUAAAUAAAACCAAUGUAACAAAUAAUAAUAGGAAGCAUAAAAAUAGUUUGAAAAAAUCGAAUACUACCAAUUCAAAAAGUCAAAUUGUUUUACAAAACAAAAAACAACAAGAAGCUAACGAACUGCCGCACAAAAAGCAUUCUAAACAGGAUAAGCGGACAAUGAUAUCUUGCAGUUAUAUGAGGAAGAAAAUGUUCCUGGAAAAUAUCAUGGAAACAAAUAUAACUACUGAAAAUGAUGGAAAUGAAGAUAAAAGGGUUUCUAAUAAAGCAAGUAAAGAGGAAGGUGAGGUAAUUCAAAGGUCAAUACAAUUUCAAUCACCAAGAUUACUGGAUAAUCCAGGUUUUAGAACACGCAAGGUAGAUGAAAUAAAUGAGAAAUACGAACCUUAUUAUUAUCAUAAUGUUUUUCAAAAUACGAAUGACGACUUUAAUAAGUAUUACUUAGAUGACACAACUGAAAUCUGUUCAACGUCGAUCAUUCCAAAAAACAAUUUGAAAAGUUGUAACAAAUCUAACCACAGUUCUACUGGAAUAAAGUCCAUGCGGAAAGAUGCAAACGUGGAGACAGUUUACGCCCCUGCAAAACUUGCUAAAUAUGGUCUAGCUUUGUAA